GGAAAUUCAUUCUGCUGCUGGCAAAGUCUGGAAGGAAAGGUCUUUUUCCCCCAUUGGCUCCAGGAUGUCCUUUCUGAAAGUCCUGCUGUGUGUCCUGGUCCUGGCCGGCCCCUUGCUGAGUGAGGCUUCAGCACCCAACUGCACUGGAGUUGCAGACUUUGACGACUGUCGGGGUAAUGCAGAUGAAUUCUGUCCUAAAAAUAUUUCUUGCCAGUGUAAAAAUGAAGAACCUUUUUGCAGAUGUGAUUACUUCAGAAGUGGCUGGAAGGAGUAUUGGUACAUGGGCCCCAAAUGUAACCACCUUUGGAAUACCCUGGAUUUCAUUUUAGUGGCUACUCUUCCUGGAGUGGGACUGGUUAUCAUAGUGGUUGUAAUAUUUUCUGUUGUCUACUGCUUGAAAAUGGAAAAAGCUGGGAAGCAGCCACAGCCUCCACCCAGUGGAGCACAGCAGAACCCUGCAUUCAGUGCUGACACAGCUGCCAGCCUGAGGCACGGGCACCUUCAGCCAGCCGGGGAUACCUGGGUUGGACAAAUUCCAAAAGUUGUACUGAAAAGACAAGAUGUUAAUGAUGCCUCAGUCCCAAAUCAAAGGCAGAAUUACAGUCCUGUGUAUGCUCAGCCUCUAAGGCCAGCAGAUCCAUCAUCAGAUUAUUUCCCUCAGUCCCGAGCCCAGCGGAACGUGUUUGACUAUCCCAGGAAGGAUUUGCCUUAUCCAGUUUAUCCAGAGGCGAGACAGUACCAGAGAUACUAAGAACAAGUGCUUCCUGUAUCAGAAAUGUCUUGGAAUGCUGUGUGAUCGCUGGACAAUCGAGGUGCUGAGAGAGCAGUGAGACCCUGGUUGGACACAGAGGAAAUUGCCAUCCUCAUUAGAGAGUGCUGAGUUAUUUCAAAGAGAAGGUAUAGAGGAUAAUAGUAAAAGAAAACCUGAUAUGAUAUGACAUUAACAUCUGAUUUAUUUACUGUCUAAUUGGUGAGAGCUUCCUGUAAAUCCCUGAUACUGCAAAGCACAAGGGUCUGGCCUGGCAGUGUGGUACAACCACAGCCAAGGACUUGGCCUCUCUCUGUACCAAGACUUAUCAAAUACCUACAGACCCAUUCUCUUGUCCCUUGUCUUUUUACCUACAGACCCAUUCUCUUGUCCUUUGUCUUUUUACCU